CAUUAUAAGUAGAUCAACUAACACGGCACACCCGGUAAUCAAUCGCUCCAAUUAAAACACCAUCCGACAGCAAAAACGACGAAUCUCGACUCAAGAGGCUGUCAUUAAAUUCUAAUUAACGUUUACCAUCCGCAUGUGCACGCGCAGGUCCCGUCCCACGCCUGCACACAAAUCGACGCGUAUUAUGACAAUAUCAAUAACUGUCAUUUCGCCCAAUCAUUAUAGUUUCGUCUCGUUUACGCAAAACUGCCGUAAUUACUGCGCCAUUACCUACGUCUCUUUCGAACUCAUUAAUCUCAAGUAACGCUGGCAACAAACCGCUCUUUCCAUUUCUUUCGCGCGAAACAAACGACGGCUCCGCGGAAAAACGCGACGGACAAAACUAUACCCAUCCUCUUUUAAUGCACUUGGAACGCUCGAAAAUAAAGUCAUCGCGAGCGUUUACUUUUUUCACUUCAAAAUUAAAUGAUAGUUCCUUUUUCAAAAUGACAAGGCGAAAGUUGGAACAGUUUUGAAAUUGGAAGUUCCCCUCCACCCGACGGGACUCGUUAGGCGCGGGCGCGUUUUUUCAACAAAAAGAAAAUAAGUCUCGCGGGAAAGAGAGGUUUGGUGGAGGCUUUUUAUAGUCGUUGUUCCGAUGCGCUGGCGCACGGCGGUAUCGGAGCUUAGGAGCGAGCCUUAAUCUUAUUCUAAUAAAAAGCUUACGCACAUAUUGCCGCGCUAUCAUUAAACUUGGAAAUUUAAAAUAGUUUUUUUUUCACAAUGUGUAGUGACGUCGCGCCGUGAGGUUGCAUACGUGUUUACUAUGGACAGCACGUGCGUUUUAUCGUUUAUUUUAUGACCGGAUUAUGACGUUUAGUGAUUUUUAUUUUGUGGAAAAGGGGUUGACGCUUUUAUUGAGCAAUCAUUAGGGCUUGAUCAUCCGAACUGUGUGGUCGUGUUUUUUUUUAACAAUUAGCUUAAAAAUGAUUGAAUAUAAUAGUUGUGUAUAAGUGUAUACUAGUACUUACAAACCAGUUUGUUCAUCCCUUAAAAUGUUUUUAAGAUUCGAACCAACAAAGUCCACAAAAGGCGCCAGCAAGAUGCGGCGCGACCUGAUCAACGCGGAGAUCUCCAACCUGCGCGACCUGCUGCCGCUGCCGCCCUCCACCCGCCAGCGCCUCUCGCAGCUGCAGCUCAUGGCCCUCGUCUGCGUCUAUGUGCGGAAAAUGAAUUACUUCCAACAAGUGUUUAAAAGUCACGACUUCAGCUACGAGUAUCAAGAGCAAGCAACACCAACACCUAAUAUUGGAUUUUCAAAGGCAAUGAACGGUUUUAUGAUGAUGAUGACACAGAACGGGAAACUGUUGUACAUAUCAGAAAAUGCUGCGGAAUACCUGGGACACUCCAUGGAAGAUUUAUUAAUACAUGGCGAUAGCGUAUACGACAUUAUAGAUAGACAAGAUCACCAAACUGUUCAAACUGAACUGAAUAGAGGAAGCAAUGGAGAGACUGAAAACGUACCAAAGAAUAGGCAUUUCUUCUGUAGAAUGAACGUUUCAAGAAACGCGCGGAGACAAAUGAGAUUUGGAGAUCAAAAAGUGGCUCUAGUGCGAGGCCACUUCGUGUCGUACCUGCCGCUGUGCAGCCGCAACGAGCCUGUGUUCCUGGCGGCGUGCACGCCGCUCGCCAUGCCCGAGACGCGCGAGUGCGUCGUGCACGGCGCCACCAACGUCUUCACCACGCUGCACACCAUGGACAUGAAGAUACUGCACAUCGACGCCAACGGUGAAUGGUACUUAGGUUGGAAGAAAUCAGAAUUGGUUGACGUGUCGUGGUAUCAGUUACUACACUGGGACAGUUUGCGAGAAGCACAAAGUAAACAUAGACUAAUAACGCAGUCAGAGCAGGACAAGUGCUGCAUAUUGCUGGUGAAGCUGCAGCAGCGAAGUGGGCAGUUCCUGUGGGCGCACGUCGUGCUGCAAGUGAAGGACGCCGCCGACGCUCCCAGGCAGUUCAUCGUGGCCACUAACCAAGUUCUAAGUGAAGAGGAAGCGUCAAUUAUGCUUGCAAACUCCUGGCUAUACCAAUACUACGGCUACCAGAACCAACCCUGCGGAGUCUUAGACCCCAGGUGCCAAAAGUUCUUUAGAAGAGAGAACACCUAUCAGGACGCAUAUCAAGAAGCAUACCCUUAUGUAGAAAACCAGGAGGUCGAGUAUCCAGGAUACCAUGUGUCUUCAUACGUGCCACAGAAGACGGUUGAAGAUUUCAGUGGCUGUGAGAGGACAUACUCAGAAAGAGGACCAGUCGACUAUUCUACUCACUCUCCGCAAUCUACGAUCAGCGAAGAAAGAUCUCCCCUGCACUAUGACCCUUCGCCGGAGAUCGUCGUGAACAGCAACAUGUAUAUGUACCCGCACCCCGGCAAGCGAGAGUUCUAUGAACAGUACCCACGAGUCGGCUACACCGUGCAGGAGCCGUGUACGAGUACUGCGAUAGAAGGUAUGGAGUAUCCCUGUCCGAAGCGGAUGCGGCUGGCGCCCUUGGCCCUGGACACUGACGGCAUGGACCGGUGGAACCCCAGCCCGCCCUGGUCCGACACCCUCAAAGCUCCUGAAUACCAGCGGUUCAGUUACAACCACGUCGUACAACCCGAACGAGCAAUGGUUACUUAACUCAC